AUGCUCUGCCGACUAUUACAGCAGACUGCAAUUGUCGCCCUGAUCCAUUUGUCCACCGUUCAGGCUGCGGAUCCAUCACUCACUGAUCUCUUCACUGUGGACGAUUCUUGCGAUCAGAAUGUUCUCCAAGGAAUGAUCAAUGAUGCCAGGACACUGCUUGCGUCUGGGCAAACUGCCAUCGAUGAUCUACUCACCUCGAACACAUUUGUGAAGACGUCGACCCGCAACUACAUGCGCAAUGCUUACAAUGUCGGUUUCACGACAAAGUAUCUUCGUGCUGUCGGCAGUAGCUAUGGUCAGCAAGACAAGGACAUGCUGAACCAGGCGAAGGCUGCACUAUCAAGCGUUCAGAGCCUUCUAAGUGGACAAGACGUGAAUACGGUUGCAAAACAGAGUCGGCUGGGUGCGAACAACGCAUUCAUUACCUGCUCAGAUACAGGUUACAAACAAACGACCAACGCGCAAGACAUCGACCCAAGCCUUCCAGAUGGUAGCACUGUUAAAAAUACUUACCAGACUCUUCGAGAUUACGUCUUUGUAUAUCCCGGCAUAACCGACUCACAAGGCAGGCAGAGACGAGUCAUCAACCCCCAGAGCAAUCCAAAAAUCUGUGGCAACGGAGCAAUCGCCCUAGCUCAGAGCAACCCGGGCACCAUCGAUAAUGAGCCGAUGAUUCAGAUCAUCCUCUGCCCGCGCUUCUUCGACCCCAACUUUCCCAACACCAACCUCAAUGUCUCGCCCAAGAGUGGUGGAGACUACAUCGGUGCAUAUCGCUUCGCCGCAGGAGGUCUCAUCCAUGAGCUUCUGCAUGUGGCAUACCCCGGUCUGACAUUUUCGGAUCGCAUAUUUUACGACACGAAGAAUAACGACAAGGUCAUCACAUCGUACGGCCCUGAAGACAUCUACAGCAUUGCGACGAGACCUAAGAACGAGCUCCAGCCAAAAUUUGGUGAUGUCACGACGCUCAAUCUUCCUGAUGCUUAUCGUCUUUUUUGCGAUAUGUGUCAAUUUCCCAACGUCAAAUGGUCUAUGUCGCGAAAUUGA